AUGCAGACAGAUGAAACAUAUGUGACUAAUUUUUAUAUCGAAAAAUAAAUAAAAAUAUUAAAACCACAUCCUAUAGCUAUUAAAUUAAGUGUCGAUAGUUUACAAAACUACUACUAAUUGUAAUAGGUAAGAUAUAACAUUAUCAAAUUUAAUAGAGAGAAUCCAUUCGAUUCUUCCAGUAAUCACUGCAAAACAUUUACGACUUUUUCCGACAAGAUCAAUUCCAAGGAUAAUUGGAGAUCAAUAAUUAAAUAAAUACUUUACUUGACAAAAUUUUAAAAAUUGAAGAAAACUCUAUGAAAAAAGUAUCCUUUCGACGUUCUGUCUCUAGGAAAUCAUUAGCAAAGUAUAUUUUUUUAUUCUACAAAUUUGAAUAGAUCUUUUAAAAUGCUAUCUUAAAAAUUAAGGAUUAGUAUUGAUACAUUCAGUAAAAUUUGGAUUGACAAAUAAAGUACUGCUAUUCAAUUGAAAUGGUCUUGUUUAUGUAUUAAAAACAUACAGAAGUACAUCUCCUUUUAGUAAAUAAAGUUAAUUGAGAAUAGAUGUUGAAAGAGUAGUAAGAAAACAAUAAAAAAUUUUUAUAUGCAGAAUUUGCGAGUAAUAAGUGCAGGCCAUUGAGAUGACUCAACAUUGUACUUAGUGUGAAAAAAAAGCUGAGAGCAAAAAAAGAUUGAUUGAGUUGAAUUUAGAAUUGGCAAAUUUAUGUGACUAAGCAUAUAACACUAAAAGAAAUGUUUAAGUUAGUUUGGCGAUCAAAAAGUAUCUACAUUUAUAAAUAUAAAGAAUGAAAGAUAAAAAUAAAUAAAGACAGUAUGCGAAUAAAUAAUUUAGAAGAAUAUAGUCUUUGUAUGAUUAGGAAGAAGAUGAAGAUGUUGGAGAAUGUGAAUACCAAUAAGAACAAAAUUACAUUGCAAAUAUAAUGGCAUAAAUCAUUAACUUUUCUGAAAAAACACUAAACAGUUAGAUAGAAAUUUAAGACACAAAAUGUAAUCUUUAUUUUUAAUUAGCGACUAUUUUAUUAUUGAAUGAUUUAGUAAGUUCUACUGAAUAUAUUGAAAAUCAAGACGCUUUGAAUAUAAUUAAUUCCACUCACAAAUGUUUAUUGGAGAGACUUGAGUAUCAUAAAAAACAAGAAGGAUAUAGCAAUAAUGUUAAAAAACAAUCAGACUAAGAUUAAACUGAAGAUAAAAUUAAUAAAAUAAGAAGAGCAUUUACUAAAUCAAAUUCAAUUUCUUUUAGGCUUCCAAAGUUCAAAAACAAAUCAUCCUCUUCUUUAUAAAGAAUAUCAACAGAUCCAAUACAAGAGGAAGAGGACUCCCCUACUCAUCUUUAGGUUAAAUCAUCUUAAAAAAUUAUAUCUUAAAGAAGUAGAUUUAGAAUGAACUCUUCCAUUUUUAAGAUAAGUGAUGGCUCUGAAUCACCCCAAUCUCUUAAAAAUAUACAGCAAUCAAUUAAUCAAUCAAAAUCAAGUAGUUUAAAUAAUCAUGAAACUAAUUAAUCUAUCAAUUCUAAUAAUUCCAAUAAUAAGGUUGAUUCAUGUUAUAAAAAUUCAAAUACUGAAUAAAAAAAUGAAUUAGCUUAACUCUCUCCAACAUAAAAAAAGCUUUCAUCCUUCAAAGCUCAACUAUAAAAAUUAGCAGUUGAAAUAAAAUAACCAUCGUUAUAAGAAAUUAGUCCUAAAAUAGAACUCUUAAAUUUAUCCAAUAAAGAAAGAGAAGAUUCAUCCAAUUUAUCGAGUAUUGAUUCUGGAAGAUCUAAUUCAGCAACUAACAAUGAUUUAAAUUUCUUGGCUUUACAAAAAAGAUCGUGCUAACAAAGAUAAAGGAAAAAGUAAAACUUUCAUUCUUAAGAUAUUGAAAAAAUGCAAUAGAACCAUAAAAUAUAACAUAGAAAGAGUAGAUUUUAUGAAAAUUAGAUGUGUAAGUCUCCUACAGUUUUGCAUGAUUAUUAUAGAUUAUCUGAGAUUCAAAUUGAUAAGGGGUAUCAUUCAGAUUCAAAUUUAAUCAAAACAACAAGUCAUUCAUAAAGUCAAGCAUCAAAAGUUGGAAUUAAAGAUUUUGAAUUCAUUAAACCAUUAGGAAAAGGUGCUUAUGGAUGGGUAUUCCUUGUUAAAAAGAAAGGAUCUGGAGAUUUGUAUGCUUUAAAAAUAAUUGAUUGUGCUUAAAGGGUAAUAUUUUGAAAUGAUUUAGAAUUUGGAAGCAUUUCUUGAAUAACUCAAGGCAGAAAGAAAUAUCUUUGAAAUCCUUAAUAGCAAUUUUGUAGUCAAGGCCUACUUUUCUUUUGUUCACGAAUAAUAUUUAUGCUUUGUUCAGGAAUACAUGGUGGGUGGAGACCUUGCAACCAUUUUGAAAACAUAUACAGUAUUACUUUUUAAUAUAUUUAGGCUUUGGAUGAAUUUUAUGUUCGUCAUUACAUGGCAGAAAUAGUCUUAGCAUUGGAUCAUUUAAGGAUGUAAAAUAUAGUUCAUAGAGAUUUAAAACCAGAGAAUAUUUUAUUGGAUUGUCAAGGACAUGCAAAACUUGCAGAUUUUGGGCUGUCUGAAUAAGGCGUCAAUAGCAGAUUAAAAUUAAGGGAUAGUUUAAAUUCAUUCAAUACAAUUGAAAUACCAACUUGUGUUGAAUAAAUGAUUGAUCAACAAGGUUAUCAGACAUUAUACAAAUAACUGAGGAAAGUAGAAUCCAUUUUAGUGGAUAAAUCUGGAAGUAAAACUAAAAAGUAUCUUAUUCUUCAAAUUUUAGAAUUGUAGGUACUCCUGAUUAUAUUGCUCCAGAAAUAAUUUUGGGGACCUCUGCUAGUAAUUUCAGUUGUGAUUAUUGGAGUUUAGGAGUUAUCAUGUAUGAAUUGCUGUGUGGAAUUACUCCUUUUAAUGAUGAUACAGUAGAUAAAAUAUUUGAUAAUAUUCUUAACAUGAGAUUAGAAUGGCCUCAAAUUGGUGUAGGAGAAGAUUGUAUAUCUGAAUAGGCUUAUGAUUUAAUGAAUAAAUUAUUAGAACCUGAUUUUAAAAAUCGCUUAGGACAUAGAUCAAUCGAAGAGAUUAAGAACCAUUCAUUCUUUAAAGGUAUUUUAUAUGAGUUAUUUAAAGGAAUUUCGUGGAAUACAUUGUUAAGUAAACCUGGGUUGAUUGUUCCUGAAUUGAAUUGCGAAUAAAGGGAUACAGAGAAAAUGAUGCAAUUCUUAAAAAAAUUGGAAAAAACAAAUAAGGAUACUGAGAACAAGAAAUUAGCAUAAUAAUUAAAUGCAUAAUUAUAAUCUUUAGAAAGAAUUGACCUUCUUAAGUAGAGAAGUAUUCAGGAAUCAGAGAACUACUUGUAUUAGAAUGUUAUUAAUUAGGUAACAAGUGAACUUUGAAGAAUCGAAAUUAAAUACGCAGAUUGAUACUUUGACUUAAUUUUUUGCUAAGAUUUACUAAUCUUAUUCAUCGAUGUAGUGA